AUGGAAAAAUCAGAAUUAAUACCGACGCAGAAAAUAGUCUUUCUGGGCAUGGAACUGGAUGCGGAGAAAGGCAUGAUCCGACCAGCCCAGCACAGAAUCGACAAUGUACAAAAAAUGAUACAAUCAUUUCUAAAACAAAAACAAGCCACACUACGCCAGGUAAUGCGACUAGUGGGGAUGUUAACUUCGAUGAGGGGCUUAGUACCGAGAGCGGCGCUACAGUCCAGACCGAUCCAACGCCUAGUGUUAGACGCACAGUUAAAAAUGCGACUAUCAAAGGACGGGAUAAAAUACGAAAAACCGGUACUGUUCACACCGGCCUUUCUGGAAUCACUUCCGUGGUGGGGCAACCUCAAGAACCUCACGGCGGGGAUUCCCAUGGACAAGGCGAAACCGACAGUAACGUUGGUGACGAACGCAUCCAUGACGGGCUGGGGAGGGCACUGCAUGGACGGGAUUGCACACGGUCAGUGGAACGAAAAACAAAGGAAAUUUCACAUAAACCGACUGGAAAUGCUAGCGGUGCAGUUCUCCCUGCAAUCCUUCAAAAAAGCGGUAAAAAACCGGGCCGUGUUAAUAAGAUCCGACAAUCAGACUGUAGUAGCUUACCUCAACAAGGAAGGGGGAACGAAAUCACAGUCGUUAAACGACCAUGCUGUAGCAGUGCUAAAGUGGUGUGCACAAAACAAAGUCGAGCUGAUGUGCAAACAUAUACCGGGAGUCCAAAACGGUGUAGCGGACUCGCUAUCCCGGGGGAAACCCUACGACGACACAGAAUGGGAGCUGUCACAGACGGCAGUAAACCUAGUGUUCGACAUGUGGGGGGAACCCCAGGUAGAUCUGUUUGCAACACCGGAAAACAAAAAACGUCCCGUUUUUGUGACGCGUUAUCCGGACAAACAGUCACUGACGUGGGACGCAUUUCAGAUGGAGUGGGGCGGAAUGUUCAGUUACGCAUUCCCACCAUUUCCAUUGAUCCACCGAACGUUACAAAAACUGGAACAAUCGGAGAACUCGCACAUGAUUCUAGUGGCACCGAACUGGCCGUCUCAGACUUGGUUUCCGUUACUGCUGUCUCUGCUAACGGACCAUCCGAGAAGCCUGCCACAAGAAAUCACGUUGACACAACCCGGCGGUUAUACACCAACCAACCCGGAGCUGUACCAACUUCACGUGUGGAAACUAUCCAGCAAUUUAGAAUUGCGCAAGGGUUUUCAAGCCAAGUGUCGCAAACAACGACGGCCGGGCUUAGGGAUUCCUCAAAUGGAUUGUAUCAAUACCGCUGGGAAAAAUUUCGCGGGCCCCAUUGAGAGGUACAAAGCGCCUGCAUGGAGCUUGUCAGUAGUCCUUGAAGUGCUACGACAAUACGAACCGAAGGAAUUGGCGUCACUACAGGACUGGACGAAAAAGACUGUUUUUCUACUAGCACUCGCUUCAGGGAGGCGAGUUAGCGAAAUACACGCUCUGUCAUUUGAAGACAAUUUUACGGUGUUUUAUCCCGAUAAAGCGAUUUUAAUGACAUCAGUAAAAUUCAGAGGAAAAAAUCAGAAACUGCACGAGACGGCGACUCCGAUCGUUAUCCCGGCACUGAGCAAUAUUUCCAAUGAAAAACAAGACAGAAUUCUUUGUCCGGUACGUGCGCUAGCUUAUUAUAAGAAACGUACUUCCGGGGUCAGAAGGGGUCAAAGGUCGAUGUUCGUUUGUUACCAAAAAGGUAAACAAAGCUCAGCGGCGUCGAAAUUCACGUUAGCGAGAUGGGUAAAAGAGACAAUUUACCACGCUUAUAGUGAUAAGUAUUUGAGCACAGAGGCAGGCAAAGUCACUGCCAAGAUGCAUGACUUAAGAGGCAUAGGUAAUACACUGGCAUUUGCUAGCGGAGCUUCUUUAGCCCAGGUGCUAGCAGCCGGGUCCUGGAAAACUAGCAACACUUUUCUCUCUUAUUACCUGAAAGACCUAGCGGCCGAGUCACAGGGCCUACACUCGUUAGGCUACCUAGUGACAGGCCAAGUUGUAACGAAACAAUAG